CUGUCACAUUCCAGAAGUCGGUUUUUGCCAAGACUCUGAUUCGCACAAUGUCCACUCAAGCCUCCAAAGACAACACAGAGGGCCAGAAGGUCCCAUUGCUAGUGGAUGACCACACUGUUACUACUGUCCGAGAAUCCAAGAUCAUGGUUAUCCUGAGAGGUCUGCCGGGAAGUGGCAAGAGCACCAUGGCCAAGGAAAUUGAGCAGAAGUAUAAGGACAAUGCCCACUUAUUUUCUGCAGAUAAUUACAACAUCAAACCAGCUAUUAGGACCUCUGAUGGAGGAGAGUACUCCAUAAUGGAUGAUGAGCUGCACAAAUGCUGUGACAGACAUGAGGCUAACCUAGUCAUCCUUGAUGACACGCAUCAUGAUCGGGAUCGUUUGGAGAAGCUCUUUGAUCUAGCCAACCAGUUUCAUUUCACAGUGCUCGUCAUAGAACCCAAGACUUUGUGGAAGCUUGAUUGUGGACAAUUAAAGGAUCGAAACCACUGGAAGCUUUCUUUGGAGGAACUCAAGAACCUAAGGCCUACUCUUGAAAAAGAGCUUCUCCCUCUGUACUUUGGGUGGUUCCUGGCCCAAUGUGACGAGGAUAAGCUGAGAAAGAUCAGUCAGGAGUUCCUGGAGCAAUUGGGGGCUUUCAAGGCAUUUAAGAAGCAUUUGCAAUCAUAUGGCAUUGAAGACAAACACAAGUUAAACCUCCUGAAAUAUUUUGCCAAAACACCCAAUAUUCUGCACUGCACAAGCAAAUACUGUGACUACGGCAAGGUGGUGGGAUCGGAGGAAUAUGCUCAGAUGGAGGCUGUGAAGAAAGGUUAUUCCAGAGCUUACACCCUCCAUAUCACCGCGCUGUUUGUCACGCCCAGGACAACAGGCGCGCAAGUGGAACUUACAGAAGAGCAACUUCAUCUGUGGCCGCUAGAUGCCGAGAAAGAAGUGAUGCCCAAAGACAACUUUCCCAAAGGCAGUCGUGCCCAUAUCACCCUGGGCACAGCAGCUGAUAUACAAGAUGUCCAGACUGGUGUUGACCUGUUGGAGUUCAUCAAAUUGCAGCAGACAGGGGGUGAAAAGGAAGAUUUUGGUGAAAUGUAUAGGGGUAAAAUCCAUUACUAUGAGAAUGGCAUGUGGAUGUUGACCCUGUCCAGAAAGAUUGAGGUGAAGACCAUAUUUUCAGGAUACUAUGGGAAACCAGGGGUGACGGCUCCCCAGCAGGGAAGCAAGAAGGUAUUUCUACCCACAUGCGAAAUUAUGUAAUAAUGAACAAAACAAGAUUUUGGUUUAACAGUACUUAAUUUUUAAAUGUUACAAUAAAGCAAAA